CGAUCUACGAUAAUAUUUUUUUUUCAGGGGAGGACACCGAUGUCAUGUCAGCAGCUGGUCAAAUGGAUACAUAUUUGGGAGUACAAGGCUUACAAGAGAUAUUUCAUGCUCUCAAGAAAUGCUGGGCUUCACAGUUUGGGCACAUAGCUAUUGAAUAUAAGAAGCAGAAUGGGCAGAUUUUGAAUUCACCAAUGGCUGUUGUUAUACAAGAGAUGGUUGCUUGCGAAGUAGCUGGAGUUAUCUUCACUUGUGAUCCUGUUAAUAAUAACCCGGAUGUUAUCACAAUAACAGCUAAUUAUGGUUUAGGAGAGACUGUUGUUUCUGGAUCAGUUGAACCGGACACAAUUAUGCUUGAAAGAUCUAAUAAUGAUGAAUUGAAAAUGAAAUCAGUAAAUGUUGGAUCUAAGCACCAAAGAAUUGUUUUAAAAGAGUCUGGUGGAACAGAAGUUGAAGAUUUACCAGAUGAUUCGAAAACUUCAGCUUGCAUAAACGACGAAACAUCGAUUAAUCUUGGAAAGUUGGCAAUAAGAGUUGAAAAGUUUUACCGAUCAUCAAGAGAUAUAGAAUGGGGUUUAUUAAACAAUAAAAUUUACCUUCUGCAGAGCCGACCUGUUACGAGUGGAGCAUCACUUACUGAAUUUGAGUUGAAACAUGAAUUUGACUGUAUUUUGAGAAGUGAAAGAGAUUACUUCACUGUAGCAAAUGUGGGAGAAGUUAUGCCUGGUGCUACGUCUCCCUUAGGUGCCGAAUUUAUUUGCAAAUUUUUUAUGGCAGCACUUUCCAAACAUGCUUAUGAGAAGGGAGAAGUGGACCCGUUUGCUAAAAGCAUGUAUUACCCGUCAGCUUUAAAAACUUUUUACUACCAGGUGAUGAUGUCUAUUCCAGAGUUGAUUUGUCGUCAUGGUCAUGAUACAUUGUUUUCAAAAGGAUUCAGCAUCAGCUUAUUUGGACGUCUUCUGGAUGAACCAGAAAUUAACGAAGUUGCCAAAGAGAGAAUGCCUGAUUCACCCAAGGCAACUAUUUGGAGUGACCUAAAAUUUAUAAAGGAUUUAUUCUUUUACGAUCGGAAUGCUAAAAAUGUCAAAAAGAUUAUUGACAACUACGAGUUUCCUUACCUAAAAUGCAACACUGCGCAAGAAGCUUUUGAUGCUCUCAUGAAAGCAGCUACAGAUUUGGAACAGAGCGGUACUCAUCACAUGAAUUGUACAGAGAAUUCCUCUCACUGGAAUGUAAUUGUUUUUUCGAUACUUUUCCAAGCGAAAGGCCGGUUCGAUACUGAUGUAUACAGUGAUUUUGGGAGCAUCUUAGCCUCUUCAUCUCAAAUAGAAAGUGCUGAUGUACCUGCAUCAGUUCAGAGAGUAGCUAAUCAAGUAGUGAAAGAUCUAAGUGCUGAAAAAUUCAAAGCAAUGAGUUUAGAAGAAGCAGAAAAAUGGCUGAAUACAUCGAAUACAACGUCAAGCAAAAUGUAUUGCGAAUUCAUUGAAAGACACGGUCAUCGAUGUCUGAAGGAAUUUGAUGUUAAUUCGACACCAUGGGGUCAAGAUCAACGGAUUUUUAUUAAACUCCUACAAACUUUAGCAGGCUGCGCAAAAGAAGACUCCGAAAGCUCAGAUGAAAACUAUUCAAAGCUAUUUUCUGAACUACGGACGCCCUUAAAUGUUCUGAACAGGUGGCUUUUAAGAUUCGCUAUUCCAAAUUGUCGUAGGGGUGUAAGAUCGAGAGAAACUAGUAAGUCUAUGGUGGUCAAAAGUGUCGACCACUACAGAAAAGGUUUUAGACAUUUGGCGAAGUUGAUGGUGGCAGAAGGACGUAUUCCGGAUAAAGACCUUAUAUAUUUUAUGACAUUAGAGGAAAUUAGAGAUUUGUUGAAUACGAGAUAUCCAAAAAUAAUAUCCAGAGCAAAUCAACGCAGAAAAAUACUUCCAGUGGUUGAUCAAUACAAGUUUCCCGAAAUCAUGCGAGGUUUUCCCAAACCAGUAAAUGAAGUAGAAGAAACUUCAGAUACAACUGAAUAUAUUGCUGAUUUAACAAUGCAAGGUAUUCCUGUUAGCCAGGGUGUUGUUAAGGGAUAUGCUAGGGUAGCCGUAUCUCUGGAUCAAGCUGCUCAAUUAAAGCCAGGGGAAAUUUUGAUCGCUUACAGUACAGACAUAGGAUGGAGUCCAUAUUUCCCAAUAAUAUCUGGUGUUGUCACUGAGCUUGGAGGACUCAUUUCACAUGGUGCUGUUGUAAGCAGAGAAUAUGGACUUCCUUGCGUUGUUGGACUUCGAGGAGCCACAAAGCAGUUUAAAACAGGUGAUUAUGUUUUGCUUGAUGGAAAAAAAGGUGUGCUUCAAAGAUUACCGAAGCCACAAGACGAAGACAAAGAUUAAGAAUCUAAAAAAUGCUCAUCAAUACAGAUAUCUAUCAUUACUUUCAAAGAGCUUACAAAUUGAUGAAACUAGAACUGAUAUUGUUGCUAGUUUGUUUACUUGGAUGAAAUCGAUGAAGUAUAAGAAAUGUUUUUUUGUACAAAAAAUAAAAAUUUAUUUGUCAAAAAGAA